UCGAUCGUCUCUGGUCUGUCCUCGAUUUCACAUCGUAAGCCAGACUACGCUAGAAGAUGUAUAAUCGUUCUCCUAAUCCAUGCAGUCUUUAUUCUCGCCGUCUUUCUAGCCUUUCUGAUCGGCCACUGGCUAUCAGAACAAAACGAUAACAACCAUACCGUAGCCGAUGAGUUGGUCUACAUCAUAACACCUCCGUCUAUCUCAUCCACCCCUACUACUACUAAUCCGCCAGAUGAUGAUGAUAUCACACUACUUACCACUACCAAGAAACCCGGACUUGUCACUCGCUUUUCACUAACCACGUUAACUCCCGGUGCUCGUCUGAUUCCGGUGCGUCCUCUCCUCAUGUUUUUCCUUUUGUUUCCUGCAUGUUACCUCUAA